CUCGGAGACAAUCAUGACUGACAGUCAGAGUGUGUCAGAUAUGGAGGAUGAGGAGUGCUGGGUCCAGCUGGAAGAAUACAGACUGCUGCUGAUAAAGACCAUUGAGCCGUCAAGAAUCACUCCCUACCUUCGGCAGUGCAAGGUGCUAGGCAGUGAUGAUGAGGAGCAGAUAUUCAAUGACCCCAAUCUGGUCAUCCGCCGACGCAAAGUAGGUAAGGCACUGUUUUCUAUUUCAGGUUAUUGGGCAAACGGUUAAGUGUUCCACUUUUUACUUUGAACUACAACAAUUACGUUGUAUUCCAGGUCAUCUUUAUUGCAAUUGCAUUGCACAUCUCAGAAGAUUGCUAUAUAUAUAUCAAUCCAGCCGUUGAGAGAUGUGAUAAUCUGCUAAAUAAAGAUAAUCUGGAAUGUGCCCACAAUCUCCUGAAAUGUAUGUCCAUACCUUACUUUUAAACCUCAGAUCCAUGCUCACAGGUGCACUAUUGGAUAUUCUUCAAAGAACUGGACGCAAAGGCUACGUGGCAUUCCUCGAGAGCUUGGAACUGGACUAUCCUCAACUGUAUCACAAAAUUACUGGCAAAGAACCUGCCCGGGUCUUCUCUAUACUAGUUGGUGAGUAGCUAUAAACCAUCUUUCUGUGGAAAAGUGUAUUUUCCAUUCAAGCUUUUAUGUAUUUUUGUAAGUUAUGAGUUUAAUUUAUUGCUCAGAUCCUUCAAAGUGCCGAUGUCUGACUGUGACAAUGGAUUUGACCAUAAUAUAACAUCACAGGAGGUUGGUGCACCUUGGGGAGGACGGGCUCGUGGUAAUGGCUGGAGCGGAAUAAUAUCAAAUACAUUUUACAUUGACAUUUUAGUCAUUUUAGCAGACGCUCUUAUCCAGAGCGACUUACAGUUAGUGCAUACAUUUUUCAUACUGGUUUCCAUGUGUUUGAUGCCAUUCCAUAUACUCCGUUCCAGUCAUUAUUAUGAGCCGUCCUCCCCUCAGCCUCCACUGCAUAACAUACUGUCCUCUCUCUGACAUCAUAGACACGGUGGGUGAGUCAGGACUGACUCAGUUCUUGAUGAAUGAGGUCACACGCCUGCAGAAGGGACUGCAGGAGGAACGCCGGCGCAGACAAGAGGCCGCUGCGGCUGCAGCCGCGCAGGAGGAUGCUGGUCGGCAACAGCAGGUUAGGGAGAGGGAGCUGCGGAAGCAGCAGGAGCGCGUGCAGCGUAUGCGGGAGGAGAGGGAACGUCUGUGGGAGGAGGUGCACCACCUGAAGGACGAGAAGUACAGCCUGAUGCACAAUGUGACCAAGCUGAGCGAAGAGAAGAACAGUGCCCUCAUGUCCAACCGUGAUCUGCAGCUGGAGGUGAGAUGGGGAGAGAGGGGGUUGCAGCUCUGACAAACCCAAACCCAACAACUUACGACAAAAGCAAUGGCUAUUGGUUUACAUUUUCAGUAUAGGAAGUCCUCUGCUGUCAGACAUGUUGACACAUUUGUUAGAAAACAGCACAAACUCAAUCAGCAACAGCGACAACAGUUUUUGAGAUUUUUAUUGAUUAAUAGAUAGAGAAGCUGAAGCACUGCCUGAUGAACGCAGAGAGCGACUCGAAAAUUCAACGCAAGCGAACUGUGAAACUGAAGAACGCCAUGGAGCAGAGACCCAGUCAGGACAUGAUGUGGCAGCUCCAGAGAGAGAAUGAUCUGCUCACAGCACGCAUCCAGGAUCUGGAAACUUCUGCUCAGGUACGUUUGAUCUCUUCAGCGAUAAUUUCUCAACAAAUGUUUGGAUAUGCAGUGAAAUAUAAAGGACACUGCGCUGCACUGGACACAUUUUGGAAUAACAGCUAGGAGUGGCAUUUUGUGCACCGCAAAAAAAAAAAAAAAGCAAAUAAAGUACAUGUGAUUUUUUUCUGAUGCACAAUUGUACCCUUUUGGCACUUCUGAGCCGAGUUGUGCUGAGCUGAGCAGAGCUGUACUGUGCUGGCUUGGUUACGCAUCUACUAUAGUUUGAGGGAACUCUGCUGAAAAGGACAACGUGAAAAGAAAGUAUCUGAAUCGGCACAGUACGGUUCAGGCCGGUACAGUAGUGUGAUAAAAUUAUUGACUUGAGUGAGUAGUGUGACAGGAUUCAUCUGUAUGUUCCAGCAGGGGACAGCUCCAGCCCCCUUGGAUCAAGAGAGGCUGAGCACUGAGAGUUUAGAGGACUACAAGCAGCACUCUCAGGCUCAGCACCAGGAGCUGGUAAACAACAUCUACACCCUGCGCAGAGAUCUGCACGAUGCUGAGGCAUGGCAGAAUAGGGUAUACAUCUCUUGUUUUCCACAACACUGAGCACUGUUUCGGAUUAGUUCUAGAGAAGACUACUGAUUAUAUAGCAUUUCUUAAAUAAAAACUAUUCAACUGCUCUUUCAACACAGGUGCAAGAGGACCUCAAAAGUUAUGACACAUAUUUUAUUAUUUCCUUAAAAAUGCUGAUCCUGAGCAUCGGAAUUCAUAUAUUUCCUUAUUUUUGUCAUCUGCCCAAGCUUGUUCCUCAUUCAUUGGAAUCGCUGCCUGUGUGUUCAAUUGUGCAAGUUGGUUUUCCCCAUGAUGUGGCAAGUUCUAUUGUUCCAAUUGUAAUACAUAGGUUUGAUUUAUUCUUGCAGUACUUGGAAGCGAACGAGGUUCUUGACUUGAAAUGCAUAACAUUGAAGAAGGAUGCCAAAAUGUAUCGUGACCGACUGGAGGAAAUCCUGAAACAGAUGGAUGAGGUUAUCAGGGAGAGAGACAAGGUGAACAUGGUGUGAUUCUAGGACUGUGUCAUUCUAAGACGUCACUGGCUUGGGGGCAAAUCCUAACUUCUCCUUUCACUUUGUCUCCCAUUGACUUCAAUGCAUGAAUAAGUGAAAAUUCAAGUGGAGGUUAAGAUUUGUCCCUUAGUGCUUAUUUUUAUUUGAUCCAAAAGAGUUGACUUAUUAUUAAAUAAUUGACUAUCUGCGUGGUUGUGAUCAGAUGCUCAUCCAACCACACUUGCCAUCUGUUUGAUAUAAACCACUACAGCAAAGCAAACCAAAGCAUCUGUUUUGUCUUUCCUCUAUUGUUGUGAUAGGCCAUCGCCUCACGAGAGGAGUACCACCAGGAGAAUUGCCUGAGCCUCCAGGAUAAGGACCAGUACCGGAAGCAGAUUCGGGAGCUGGGUGAGCUUUGUGAUGAGCUGCAGGUCCAGUUGUUCCGGACUGAGGGAGAGGUUAUGGCUCUACAGACCAGGCUUCACAGAAACACCUGCUCCCCACAUGAUGUGAGAAUGGGUUCCACCAACCACUUCCAUUUAGAUCUGUUUUAAUUCAAACAUAGAAUGUUACCAGAAUCACUGAAUUGCAAGCUUCUCAGAUUCUCUCUCCAUUAAUUGUUUCCGUCGAUUUUGUUUGAAAGGAUAGCCUAUUGAUUUUGGAAACAUAUUUAUAUUAAUUAACAUCUUUCACUCUCAGACGUCAGACUUUGAGGAUGGUUCCUUGCAGAGAUUGUAAAUAUAUAAUUUGCUUCCUGAUUUAUAACAAAUUAGUCCAUGCAGUAUUAUUACGUUUACAACGUUCAAGGAUCGGAAUAAUUCUACUUCUACUUUUGACCUCUGUGUUUCUGCUUUGGCAACUCAUGUGUUUUUCUGUCUCUCCAACCCACGUUAGAUUGAGUGUGCUCUUUUUGUGUGUUCUCUGCCACAGAAAAGCCAGACUAGUGAGGAAGACUGCAGAGACAAAGGCAAGAAAUCUAUGAUAAGUGACAAAUAAUCAUCACCCAAAAAAUAUAUUCAAUAACAAUCAGAAAAGUUCUAGUUUUUGUGUUCAGGCUAAUCAUAAGCUUAGCUUAAGAUGUGAUUUUACCAUGCUUUUUGAAAUCCUAGCAUUCUAUGUUGUUAGCUACUUUACAUUUUUUUUUUAAAUCACAGCUAGUAGUGUGGAGCUGCAAAGUCAGACAUCAGAGGAGUAUGAUGUGUGCAUUGCUUCGCAAGACCACCCGUUGUGUGCAGGAGGGUCCAGGGAGGAGAAUAUCUCAGCAGUAAGUACCUUCAAUUGUUUAUCUCUUGACUAGUUGAGGUUUUCUUAUUAUAUAACAAACCACUUAUCAGUAGUUGUUUCAACUGAACUCACUUCUCUCUAUCUGGAUGGAACACACAUAACCUUUUUAGCUCCUAGAGAAAUUUGUUGCAGUUAAAAAGGAAACAGAUAUGAAGUUAAUGAUUAAUGUGUAUUGUAAAUGUAUUUUGCUUUGUUUCAUGUGCCAGGAAAGAGCUCUAUCAGUGGAUGAACUCUUAGGCUGCAGCAAGCCCAGAUCGAGGUGUAACUUCUACUACAGAAGGUUGGCAAGUUUAUAUGUUUUAGAGAACAUUUGUUGAAAACGCAGUAUUUGUAUUUUGUCAUAAAUUGUCUCCAUAGGGGUAAACUGCUAUGCCCUGCUAUGGGUUAUGUAUGGGAGUGAUUUUGGUGUGGUAAAGGGACUUGAUUUAUGCUGCUUAUGUUACCUUGUUCUUUGUAAAAUGUUAAUAAUAAUUUCAUUAUUCAACAACAGGAAACGUGCCCUUAGGAGGUCAAAGGCCACAUGCAAGGAACACACACCUUGUGUCCUAGACAACAGCAGUGGAAGUGGCAACACUGACACGGAUGGGAUGUGACUGAGAGAGGGGGAACAGAGGACGGG